AUGGCGACAGAUCCGUGGAUAGUACAUCCGCAUGAGCAUGCAAAGUUUGCGGAGCAUUUCCGUAACCUCGGGCCUGUGAACGGACAUCUGACUGGGGAACAGGCCAAGAGGUUCAUGUUGCAGUCCCAGCUGCCUCCUCCCAUAUUGGGUCAGAUCUGGUCGCUAGCAGACACCAAUGCUGAUGGAAAGCUAGAUCUACGGGAGUUCUCCAUUGCUUGCAAGAUCAUCAACUUGAAGCUCCACAAUAUUGAGAUACCAAAAGUAUUGCCGCCAUCUCUACUCGCCUCCCUUAGCCCGUCCGCAGCUACCCCAAAACCGGCGUUCGCAUCUCCGACCCCAGUCCCCGCCCCCAUUAGACCCCCUAUCCCCCCCAUGCCAACCAUACCCCAACAACCUUUAAUAUCCGGUUUGCCAACCGCCCCACAAUCCAACCAAUCCCUAUUAGGCGACCUCGUAGGCCCACCCCUAACUCAACAACCGCCUCUAAUCCCACCAUUAAACCCCCCAAAGCCAAAUGUACCAGAUUUAAUCUCGGGUCAACCGUUAGCUCAACCAUUGAUCUCGCAACCUUUAGUUAGCACUCAACCGCUUGUAAACCCGCCUCUGGUUCAACCUAUACUCCCGCCUCAACCAAUAAACCCGCCUUUGGCUCAACCAAUGAUCCCCCCUCAACCAAUCAUACCGACAAACAAUUUAAUUGGUCAAAAUCCGCCAUUGAUUCCAAAUCUACCAAUGGAAUCCUCAUUUUCGAACUUAAACCAGCCUUUAAUUCAACCAAUUGCGCCUCAAAAUAAGGCCUUUUCCCCUCCUGAAGCGCCUGUGACUGGUCAGUCGCCGUUAAUGUCUAAUGUGACUACGGUGACUACAGUGGGGUCUUUAGUCACCAGCCCGCCGUCUGGGGUCAAUAGCCUCGCGGGGGUCAUUCAACCUGUCACUUCGACGCCAUUGGCUGCAAUGAAAAGUGAUAGCAUGUCUAAGCCGGGUUCUUUAGUGACCAGUCCUACUGAGAUGCCGAUGGGUGUCAUGAGUCCCCCAGCGGCGGUGGAAUGGGGGAUUCCUCAACCACAGAAGCUGAAAUACACGCAGCUAUUCAACGCGACCGACCGCGCCAAGACGGGCUCUGUAUCCGGCGCUCAAGCUCGGUCCAUAAUGCUACAGUCUAGGCUCGCCCAGCAGGCACUGGCUCAGAUCUGGGCGCUAGCUGACCUGGACUCUGACGGCAAAUUGGGCUGUGAAGAAUUCGUGCUGGCGAUGUAUUUAUGCGAGAAGGCGACUCAAGGUGAACCAGUGCCGGCGAAGUUACCUCCGGAACUCAUACCACCUACAUUCCGACGCGACUCAGUCUCUUCGAAUACUAGUGCGAAGUCAUACGAAGAGAGACGGAGAGAGAACAUGGCGAGAGGACAGGCAGAACUCGAGAGGAGACGAUCACAGCUAGCUGACGCUGCUAUGAAAGAGAAGGCUGAAAGAGAGCGUAAAGAACGCGAAGAAGCGGAGAAGCGAGAGAAGUUGCGUCUAGAAGCUCAGAAGCGGGAGCAAGAAGAGUUGCUUCGGAAGCAAAAGGAAGAACAAGAAAAACGCGAGGCGGCUCGUAAAGAAAUGGAGCGUCAAUGUCAACUUGAGUGGGAGAAGAAACGAACGAGGGAACUAGAAGCGAUGCGCACAGAAGAACAAUCGAAAGUCCUAUCCCUGAAAGCCAAAAGCCAGAGUGUGUCAGCAGAAUUAAACUCAGUAGUACUACGCGCCAGUAACUUGGCCAAGGACAUCCGGGAGACAAGGACUAGUGUUGCAGCCGCCAAAUGUACUAUUGAUGGCAUGAGGUCGGACCGCGACUCGAGUAUGGCAGAGAUGCAGCAACUGAAGGCUCGAGUAAAAGAACUUAAUGCCAAGCAGAUCGCUCUGAACAAGGAGAAGGCGGAACUCGAUGCUAAGGCUAAAGCAUCUGAGGGUGCAGGCGAAGACGGGAAGCUGAACAUGAUGGAGAUCACCCUCAAACAACUGAGGGAUAAGGUCGAAGCAGCGAAAGCGCUAGUGGAAAGCAAGAAGCAAGACCUGGAAACCAAUAAAGCCCAGCUCUCAGAGCUUAACAAUACAGUGACUGAGCUGGGAGAGAAGUGCGCGCGAGUGUGGAAGCUGUAUGAAGAGAAACGAGAGGAGUAUCUCAGUAGGAGCUCAGCCCCGGCUGAGAGUGCUUGGAAUGCAGAAGCGGACUGGGGUACGACAGCGAAUGACGCAUGGGGCGAGGAGCCCGCCUCUGACAACGCCUGGGGAGAUGCACCCGCUACCACUGCUAUAGAACCGGUGCCUUCGUCGACUGCUCCUAGAUGGCGCUGUGUGUACGAGUUUACAGCGCGCACUGCUGAUGAACUCAGUCUACAGCCCGGCGACUUGGUCAGCGAUGCUCAGCCACCUCGCGGUGAUGCCGAGCCUGGCUGGAGAUGGGGAACUGCUAGAGGCCAAUCGGGGUGGUUCCCUGAGUCUUACGUGGAAGAUAUCAACGCUCAUGCGUCGUACAGCGAGGUCGUUGAACCCAUGGAGACGAAGACUCAAUUGGAAGGCAUUGCGGAAGUGCCUGAAGCUGAAAUGGCGAACGAUCUCGGUGGAGCCAUGCCCGUAGUCCAAGGCGGUGAUUUCUACAUCGCCGCGUAUCCGUAUACGUCAGCUGAGCCAGGCGACCUUACCUUCGAGGCCGGGGAGAGGAUCGAGGUCAUACGGAGGGAUGGGGAUUGGUGGACUGGAAGAAUCGGUAUCAGAACCGGCAUCUUCCCCUCAAACUACGUGACUAAAGAUACCACCACGACGGUGGACGUGAUAGCGUCCAUCCCCGAGGCCGAGGAGAUUGCUGACGGACAGACUGACGUCGCCCCAGCGCUGCCACAACAAAACGCUGCGCCGUACUCUCCGCCUGUACAGGAACAAAAGUCGUCCACCCCGAUAUCAUCUGAGGUGGCCUCUAUAACGGAGGGCGGAGGGUCUGCGGCGGGGGGCGCGCGCCCGGCCUCCGCCGCGCGACGGGACUCCGGCCGGGACUCUGUCACUGGCCGGCGGAAGAACGAGGUCGCACAAGCCAUCGCUAAUUAUACAGCGACAAGCUCCGAACAGCUCUCCCUAACCAAAGGCCAGCUCCUAGUAGUCCGCAAGAAGGCGGACAGUGGAUGGUGGGAGGGGGAACUGCAAGCUAAAGGGAGGAACAGGCAGGUCGGGUGGUUCCCGGCAAGCUAUGUUAAGAUACUCCAGUCUUCAGGCCGGACGUCAGGUAGAACAACCCCGGUUCUAUCUAAAAUGGACACGCUGCCAUCUGAAACUGUCAUCGAUAAGGUAAUCGCACUAUAUCCAUAUACCGCACAAAAUGCAGAUGAGCUAAGUUUCGAAAAAGAUGACAUUAUAGCAGUCACUGACCGCUCGCAAGACCCAGCGUGGUGGCAAGGCGAACUUCGAGGAAUGACUGGAUUAUUCCCGAGCAACUAUGUUACGAAAUUAGUCAACUAA